AUGACAGUGAAGAGUCACCAUCAGAGUCAUUCCCUCAUGAGUAACCCUAAUUGGGUGGGGGUUUCCAAUGAAAACCCAUUCUCAUUUGCAAAUCAAUUUUCUCCUGCUGAUUUCAGUGGUUAUGCUCCAGUACUGGACUGGGAAAAUGAAGUUCCGCCGAUGGUGCAAGACUAUAGUUUUGUUGACGCUCUUCCUUUCAUGGAGACCUGUCUGAAUCUCCAUGAUCACGACCCUCUUUACUCGUCUCUUGACAUACAACCUAUCCGAAGCCUAUUUCAAGGAGAUGAUGUUUUGUUUGGAGACAAUGCAAAUGAGACUGAGAAUGUAGUUCACAAUGAGGUGUUCGCUUCUGGGUUUGAGCACCCUAAUCAUGAUCAUGAUCAACAAGAACAACAGCAACAAGAAAAGCAGCAGCCUAUUUUACUGCUUACGAGCAAUGAAGAUCAAAAUGGCGGAGAUAGAGAACAUGUCGGUGAAGAGAGGAAGCAUAAGAAGCGAUGCAUGAGAGACGAAGUGAAAAGUGGUAGCAGUACUCGAAGCUAUUCAUCAUCAAAAUUGUUGUCUAGGGAAACAAUCUCCCAGUACUUUUACAUGCCUAUAACUCAAGCAGCGAAAGAACUAAACGUCGGCUUGACUCUUUUGAAGAAAAGGUGCCGGGAGUUGGGUGUUCGCCGUUGGCCUCAUCGGAAACUCACCAGCCUCCAGACCCUAAUCCGGAACAUUCAGGAGUUGGGAAAGGAAGAAGAUGACAAUAAUGAAGAGAAGCUUCGGAAUGCGAUCGAGUUAUUGGAGAGGGAGAAGAAGCUGAUGGAGGAAGCUCCGGAUAUGCAACUGGAGGACCAUACCAAGCGGUUGAGACAGGCUUGUUUUAAGGCCAACUACAAGAAGAGAAAGAUCAUGGGGAUGAAUCUGAUUGAUUAUCCACCCCAUUCUUCUAAUUUCAGCAUUGUUGAUAAUCGUGGAGGGAAGUCCAUGGCUAUUAUUGACAAUCGAGGAGACGAGGAAGACGAAGAGAUUAAGUCGCUUUUGUCUGAUUCCUUUUCAUCUUCCGCUAGCAUGAUGAUAUAA